GCCAUGAGAACAGGAACUGCAGCUGGUUUAUGGGAUGUUCUGAAUUGUAAAGAGAAAGCAGCUUUCCUCUGCAGACACAGGGCAGAAGGUGUAACUCCUCCACCUGUUCUAACCACACCAACUCCACCCCCAUGCCCCAGGGGAUGGUCUGCAAGUACAACCAGACAUGUGUGCUUCAAAGCAUUUACUGAAGAAAAAUAUAAAGCGAAAACUUGGUUUGAAGCACGAGAUUUCUGUAGAGAAAUUGGAGGUGAUCUGAUAUCUAUCCAUAGUCAAGAAGAGCAGACUUUUCUAGAAAAAUGGAAACUUCAAAAAGAUAGCUGGAUGGGCUUAAACGCUUUGGACCCCGGUGAAGGAUUUCGUUGGAGUGAUGGAUCUCCUGUGGACUUUGAAAAUAAGAGGAUUCGGAGGCCAUCAUCGAUACAUUACUAUAAGUGCAGAGUACUGAGCAUCAUUUUUGCGCAGUGGCCAUAUUAUCCAUGUAACUAUUUGUUAAACUGGGUUUGCCAAAUAAAACGAGGUGUACCUUUAAAAGCAGAACCAAGUAACACUUUUGAACAGUCUUAUAAAAUAAUUGGAGAUGGCUGGAUUGCAUAUGGGAGCAAUGAGUAUUAUUUCAGUAACAUCACUAUGCCUGCAGAAAGAGCCCAGAAAUUUUGCAGGAUGCAUGGUGGAAGUCUUGCUGUCAUUGAGAGUGAAAGUGAAAACAUUUUUGUGUGGAAAUAUAAUUUCUUUUAUGGAAUGCAUGGUCCGCACUAUAUUGGUUUAUUGUUGGGUCUUGACAGAAAGUUGAGGUGGAUAGAUGGAAGUCCAGUGAUCUAUGCCGCUUGGGCCCCUAAUGAAGGUCGUCUUACAAAUGAUGAUGAAAACUGCGUGGUUAUGUACACCAAUGAAGGUUUAUGGACUAACAUAAAUUGUGGUACUCAGCAGUAUUUUGUCUGCGAAAGACAUAACCGUUCUGUCCGUUCAACUGUUGCUCCCACAUCACCCCCACCACAGGGGGGCUGUGCUGACGGCUGGCUUUUCUUUGAUAACAAGUGCUUCCAAAUAUUUGGCUUUAAUGAAAACGAGAGAGAAAAAUGGACUGCGGCACGUACUAAUUGCAGAAACCAAGGUGGAAACCUGGCAACAAUACCAAGCAAAGCUGUUCAAGCUUUCCUCACGGUGCACUUAAAAAGCGCUUCAGCAGACACCUGGAUCGGGCUGAAUGAUAUCACUUCAGAGGGGACAUUCCUUUGGACAGACGGAAGUGGUGUCUACUACACAAAUUGGGACAAUGGCUUUCCAUCUCAAUUUUAUCCUGAUGACUGUGUUUUCAUGUUGAAACGACCGGAACGAAUGGCAGGAAAUUGGAGAAAUGAACCAUGUGAAGCUAAAAAGAGCUACAUCUGUCAAAGGAACACAGAUCCUGCUUUAUCUCACUCUGAAACAACAAUUCCAGCUUCUCAAUAUACCCGUUAUGGAAAUAGCAGCUAUUCUGUCCUUGGUCCCAGAAUGACAUGGGAAGAAGCAAGGAAAAAGUGUAAAUCUGAGCACUCAGAGCUUGCCAGCAUUUUAAACCCCUACAUCCAGUCAUUCCUAUGGCUGCAGGUCUUAAAGUAUGGGGAACCUGUGUGGAUUGGCCUAAACAGUAACAGGACUGGUGAAGUAUACAAGUGGAUAAGUAACUGGAGGCUGGUGUAUACUAACUGGGCUGCUGAAGAGCCAAGGGAGAAAAUCGCCUGUGUCUACUUAGACCGCGAUGGUCACUGGAAAACAGGAAACUGCAGUGAAACACACUUCUCUGUUUGUGAGCAGUAUCACGGUGAAAUCCCAACAGAAACUCCAGAGGUCCCAGGAAGAUGUCCUACCUUACAAACUACACUGAGAUCUUGGAUUCCAUUUCGAGCCUAUUGCUAUGCAAUCUUCACGGUCAAAGAGACUUGGGCGGAAGCAUCUGUGAGAUGUGCUCAGUUAGGUGGCACGUUGACUUCAACAGAAGAUGUAGCUGAACUAAAUUUUCUGCUGGAACACACUCAGCAAUUUGAACCUAUGGACUUCUGGAUAGGAUUGUUCAGAAAUGUGGAUGGAGAAUGGAAAUGGGAAGACAACUCGGAAGUAGAUUUUGUUAACUGGAAAAAGGGACAACCUGGAGGUCCUGUUGUAGUAUACCAUUACAAGGACAGUGGCCCUGAAUUUCAAGACAGAUGUAUUUCCAUGAACGGCCAUACUGGGGAAUGGUACACUAGAUCCUUCAGUUAUCCACGCUUGGGAUUUAUUUGUAAAAUCAGGAAAAUUAUCGACAAGCCGACUGAAGAGCCUAGAACAGAUAAAAGUCUUGCAUAUACACCUUUUCUGUUUACAGAGGAACAAGAUGUUCCAGCAUCAGCACAUGGCACAACUGUAUGGGUGGUUAUCCUGGUUAUCCUCAUCAUCAUUGGAGCAAGUGCCACAACCUUUAUUUUCUACAAAAGAAGAAGCAAGCAACAGCAAACAACUGCUGUCUUUGGCAACUCGUGUGGGGACAAUGUGGUUAUUCUUCAAAAUGACUAACAGUGUCCAGUGGACAACAAGGAUUAACAAAUGCAGGUGGCAUUCUGGAAAUGGCUACUAUUGAAUUUAAUAGAUUUUGUUUCUGAGUAGAUGGAGUGGGACUGCAUUAUUA